GACUUAAAUGAAGUACACAGGUUUAUAAGACACUUUCCCACAUCCGGAGUGUUUUAUUGAUUUCAACAAGAGCAUGGUCCACGCUGUUCCGGACUGAUUUGACUUGGUUUCUCCACGUGAGGAGCCGUGUUCUGCGCACGGGAGACGGCGCGAUGGAGACUAUCACCAUGCAUGAAAUGCUCGUCAAUUCAACCGAUUUAAACAAGAUUUUAUGCAACUUUGGGAUUAGAAAUGUUUCAGACUGUGAGGGUGAGAAGGACUCUCAGCCCAAAGACAUCAACGAGACAGUGCGGAUCGUCCUCUACAGCCUCAUCUUCCUCCUCAGUGUCCUCGGCAACAGCCUCAUCAUCGCCGUGCUGGUGAGGAACCGGCGCAUGAGGACGGUCACCAACCUCUUCCUGCUGUCGCUGGCCGUCAGCGACCUCAUGGUCUCCCUGGUGUGCAUCCCCUUCACCCUCAUCCCCAACCUCAUGAGGGACUUCAUCUUCGGCACCGGCAUGUGCAAGCUGGUCAUGUACUUCAUGGGAGUCUCUGUCAGUGUGUCCACCUUCAAUCUGGUGGCCAUCUCCCUGGAGCGCUACAGCGCCAUUUGCAACCCGCUGACUUCCAGGACGUGGCAGACCAAGUCUCACGCUGCCAAGGUCAUCUCUGCCACCUGGGUGGCGUCGUUCAUACUGAUGCUGCCCUACCCCAUCUCCAGCACCCUGAAGCCCUUCAUCCGCCUCAACAACAGCACGGGGCACAUGUGCCGCCUGGUCUGGCCCAAUGAUGUCAUCCAGCAGUCCUGGUAUGUGUCUCUGCUGUUGCUGCUCUUCCUAAUCCCUGGCAUCGUCAUGAUGACGGCCUACGGACUGAUUUCCAUGGAGCUCUAUCGGGGCAUCAGGCAGGAACUGAACAGCAGGAAAUCCAGCCGAGACAGACAGUCCAGCACCGGCAGCAUCAAGCCAGGCGACAGCGACGGCUGUUACCUCCAGCCAUCUAAAAAGAGGAGUAUGACCGUAGGCACGGUUAGUUUUGCCAGCAGGAGCAGCAGCAGCACCACCACCAAGACCCAGCUGGGCCGUGUUUACAGCAACAACUCCACGGCCAACCUGAUGGCCAAGAAGCGCGUGAUCCGCAUGCUCCUGGUCAUCGUCUUCCUCUUCUUCGUGUGCUGGACUCCCGUGUUUGUGGUCAACGCGUGGCAGGCUUUCGACCGCCGCUCGGCCUACCGCCUGACCGGUGCGCCCAUCUCCUUCAUCCACCUGCUGUCCUACACCUCAGCCUGCGUCAACCCCAUCAUUUACUGCUUCAUGAACAAGCGCUUCCGCCAGGGCAUGCUGGCCACCUUCACCUGCUGCAGGUGCUUGAGGAGCAGCAGUGAUGGAGGCGGCGGCGGCGGCGGCGGCCAAGGGAGAUUCGCAGGAGAUGGAUUGGCUAGAGGAGAAGGGACCAUAGCAAGGGCGCCACCAAGGAACACCCAACAGAACGGUCAUACCCCGCCAAGUGGAGCUAGCACGCGCUUCACGUACAGUGGCAUCCGGGCGUCGGCUUGGAGCGAGCUGACCUAAAGUGGAUUGAUAUUUUUGAAUGUUAAGAAAACUGGCUCAAGUGCAAAGACCUCAAGUGUAACUGAUCUACAAUUUUGUUUUCAUGAAAGGCUUACAUGACUAGUUGAUGACCACACACGCUGCUUUAGCUUGGAGUGUUACACAACGCGAAUAGUUCAUGUGCUUUCACAGCCGACCAACACACAGCCUCUCAGCAAAUUGGCGCCGCCAGAUUUUUUUUUUUUUUUGUACUUUUCUCCUACAUCCCUUUCCAAAGUUGCAACACCAAACAGGUCUCUGUCUGGUGUUGCCCUAGCAUGCCCCGGCAAAUAUCUGAUCAACACUUAGAGCUUUGAAAUAUCUCAAGUCUUGAGUGAGCAAGGAGCCGCUGCUUUCUUCAAGCAGAAUAUCGACCCAUGCUCUGGAUAAUCCUUUACAUGCUCUCUCUCUCUAGACACUCUACCACAACGGUCCCUACAAUGAGCAUUUUCAACUUUUACAGAGACCUGAGUCAGGAACUCUGCCCAAAUAAUUAACAAGAGUUACUUCAAUCUGCCUGGAUCACAGGAUGAGUGAGGUUCGCCACACACAAUGAGUGUCAAAGUUUAGAUAAGAGAGUCAGUUCAGGUGACUUACUGUACGUGUUAUGCACAGUUUAGUUAAACUAUAACAAUCUAAUUGACGUGGUUAACCCCAAUCAUGUUGUAGUACACAAGUUAAGACAAAUACUAAGGAUAAUUUGCGAGAAGUGCUUGCUUGUAGUGAACUCAGCUGAUGCAGCAGCAAAGGAACAUGUCAUUUUUGUAAAUAGGUAUUCGAGUGGCUGCACUGCGCCUCGGUCAGCAGCCUCAAAACAAUCGAGUGUGGCGCACAAACAGUUCACAAACUGUUCUCGUCCUUGACCCAGUGCGUACACCUUCGCGGCUGUACUGUGUGUGCUGUGGGAAGUGGAGAGGCCUUAUCACUUUGUGGGAGCCCCGACACCUGCAUCCCCUCUGUCCAAGAACAAAUUCCCGGCAGUACGUGUGAAUCUCACAUGAUGUCCACUGAUUCAUGCGGUCGAAAA